AUGGAACCUGGUACGGCGGUCCGCUACGAGUUAGCGGCCGGGAACGACGGGGACGCCUUCUCGCUGCACGAGACAUCGGGGCAGCUGAGGGUGGCGGGCCCGCUAGACUACGAAGUCAUUCGCCAGUACGAGCUACAGGUUGCGGCUCUGGACGGCUCCAACCUUGGCCUGGCCCGUGUGCAGGUGCGCGUCGUCGACGUCAACGACUGCGCGCCGGUUUUCGAGAGGCCCGCUUACCGCGCCCAGGUCACCGAGGAGGACGACCGAGGGCUGCCCAAACGUGUGCUUCAGUACGACGAGCGCACCUGCACGCUCCUCCAGUCCCUAGCCAGUGAUGGAGGGCGUACUGGCAGGCACCCUCUGUCACUUUCAAGUGUCAGGGAACGCCGCGCACUUGCCGUCCCUGAGUGGGGACUGUGA